AUGUCAGUGGUCCCUGGUCAGUACCUCCUCGGCCUCGGCAUCGGAGACAUCACAGGCCCAGUUGUCGAGACUAACAUGAUGGGAUACGCAGAUGGACACCAAAUUGACACGGGAUUGCACAUGCGGCAGCGCAGCCGCGUAUGGAUCAUCGCCGACGCCUCCCAACCAGACAGUCGAGUCGUCUUCAUCAACGCAGAUAUCGGUAUGGGCGACACGGGCAUCCGCCGUUCGAUCGUCUCCGAGCUCUCCUCGCGAUAUCCUGGACUUUACACAAACGCGAACAUCGCACUGGUCGCGACGCACUCUCACGCCGGCGUUGGCGGGUACCUCGAGAACCUGCUGCCGCACAUCACCUCACUCGGCUACGUCAAGCAGACUGCGGACGCGAUCGUCCAGGGCACUGUCCGCGCCGUCGAGUUCGCACACGCAAGCAUGGCCCCGGGGAAGCUUAGCCUUGGGAACACCACAAUACUGGACGCGAACAUCAACCGAUCUCCCAGCGCGUACCUGGCGAACCCGCCCCAGGAAAGGGCGCGGUAUGAGUGGAAUGUCGACAAAGAGAUGACGCUGUUGCGAUUUGACGAUACCGAUGGGAAUCCGAGGGGAUUCUUGAGCUUCUUCCCGGUGCAUGGGACAAGCCUGUAUCAGAAUAACACUCUCGUCAGCGGCGAUAAUAAAGGCAUGGCUGCAUACCUCUAUGAAGCGAUGGUCGAGCCAUCAGCAAUGCCAGGCAACACUACGUUUGUAGCAGGAUUCACUCAAUCAAACGUCGGUGACACAAGUCCGAACACUCUAGGAGCGGUCUGCCAGAGUCCUGGGAAACCCUGGGACGGUGAGCCGUGCAAUUUUGAACACUCGACAUGCGGGAAUCGGACACAGGAUUGUCGUGGGAGAGGACCCAGUUUCCGCAUCUCCGACUUCGAGUCGAACCGGAUCAUUGCGCAACGACAAGUGGACGGUGCGAAGACCCUCAUGGGUCAGGAACUGUCCCCUAUUGUCGGUCCGGUAAAGGCUGUGCACGCUUACCUUGACAUGACGUUCCGUACCUUUGCCUUACCGGACGGUACGAAGGCACAGACAUGUCCUGCUGCGCUAGGAUUCUCAUUUGCUGGAGGGACCACCGACGGGCCGGGUAAGUUUGACUUUAUCCAGGGAGAUAACUCGACGUCGCAUAAUCCUUUCUGGGACUUUGUAAAGGAUGCGGUGACGCCCCCGUCGCCCCCGGAGCAGAUCUUGUGCCACUAUCCGAAGCCUAUCCUUCUCGACACGGGGUACGCGCGCAAACCAUACCCAUGGUCGCCGAAUACCGUGGACGCGCAGAUACUGCGCGUCGGCAACCUCGUGAUGCUGAUCAUGCCCGGGGAGCUGACGACUAUGGCUGGGCGGCGCAUGCGGUCAGCGAUCCGCUCGGAACUGAUCUCUUCCGGCAUGCUCGGCGAGGAUGCCUACGUCGUCGUCGCAGGCCCCGCGAACACGUACGGUCAUUACGUCACGACGCGCGAAGAGUAUGCCGUGCAACGCUAUGAGGGCGCGUCAACGAUAUUUGGGCCUUAUACACUCGACGCGUACAUGCAUGAAUACGGCAAGUUGGUUCCGUACCUCGAUACGGGUGCGACGGGAACCCCACCGUCUGACCCGGCGCCAGUGGACUUGACAAGCAAAGUGAUCUCAUUGCAGCUGCCCGUAAUACAAGACAAUCCAUCUCUGUCGAAAAGCUUCGGUGAGGUACUAAUAGAUGUGAACACAGAGUCUCCAUACCAUGCUGGAGACAGGGUGGCAGCACAGUUCGUAGGAGCGAAUCCGAGGAAUAACUUGCGUCUUGAGGAGACGUUCUUGACGGUCGAUAGGCUCAUGGACGAGCAAUGGGUCCCCGUGAGAUCAGAUUCGCACCCAUCGACGACAUAUCAUUGGGAAAGGACCAACGUGCUGUUCGGCGUCAGUACUGUGGACAUCGCAUGGUAUGGGGUGAUCGAGCCCGGCAUCCCUGCUGGCACCUAUCGUCUAUCCUAUUACGGAGACGCGAAACACCUCAUGGGUUCGAUUACACCUUUCAUCGGGUACUCUUCCAUUUUCAUUGUUGCUUGA